AUGCGGCCAAAAGGGCACGCCUAUCUCCAUCACAGCGCGUAUAAUCACGCGCCCGUGCACACUAUCGAAUUUCGAUUGGGUGGAUCAUCUCUAUCUAUGGGGGAAGCUCCAGCUUUCUUUGAAGAUGAUCUCCAUGAAAAUCACACAAAGUGGCCCGUGUUUAACUCUAAGGGCUACGACACCGCUAUCGAUGUUGGAUGCGGAAAAAUCUAUGCCAUUGGCGCUACUGAUUGCGCGAUUGGAGUUCGAAUUCUGGAUAAAUCGAAAAAUGAAUGGGUGAGUCCCACUGUGCUGGGAAUGAUACCAAAACCGUCUGAAGGCCAUUCGGCUAUUGCCUUAGAUGAGGAUCGGAUUUUGGUUAUUAAGGGGAACACCGACUCUGAUGACUGCUUUUGGUUUCUUGAGAUCAAUACCCCAUUUGUUAGAGAUCAAAAGGCGAGAUUCGGGACUCAAGUGGUUGCAUGGAGCAAAGCCGUCAUUGGCCAAGCCAAGAUACCGAUUGUUAUUAGCGGCCCUUCUGGAGUUGGUAAGGGCACUCUUAUUUCUAAGCUAAUGGAGGAGUUCCCUUCGACUUUCGGGUUUUCUGUGAGCCACACGACUCGAGCCCCAAGGAACAACGAGCACAAUGGCGUUCAUUACCAUUUUACCGAACGUGCUCUGAUGGAGAGAGAUAUAACGGAUGGUAAAUUCCUCGAGUUUGCAGCCGUUCAUGGAAAUCUCUACGGGACAAGUGUCGAGGCUGUUGAGGUGGUUACGGAUGGCGAAAAGAGGUGCAUUCUUGAUAUUGACGUUCAAGGGGCGAGAUCUGUGAGGGCUACUUCUUUAGAAGCAAUUUUCAUCUUUAUACGUCCUCCCUCCUUUGAGGUGCUCGAGCAACGCCUUCGCUCAAGAGGGACUGAGACAGAGGAACAGAUCCAGAAAAGGCUCAGAAAUGCAAAGGCAGAGAUGGAACAGGGAAACUCACCGGGACUUUUUGAUCAUAUCUUGGUUAAUGACAACUUAGCGACGUGUUAUGAGAAUCUUAAGGAAAUUUUGGGCCUCAGCGAUGCAACCAAGACUAACAAGAUAUCAGUGCCAGAGUUGGUUCGUGUUCCUUUGAAACAUACGGUCUCCAAAAAUGAUCAGCAGAUCAUAAUAAGCUGUACUGCUCAAAAACAAGAAAAGUCGGAUUUAAAAAUGUUUGUGCUUGAUACAUCUUCUAUCAAAGGUGGGGCACCGGGUCGGACGAGGGGUCUGAAUAUUUACACAGCCGAGCUUCCCAAUAAUGGUGAUAUCGGUUCCCAUAUGCCGAGCUAA